CCCGUUGUAUUAUGUACACAUGGGGGACAGACUGAGUGAAGAGUGAGAGAGGAGUUAGGCAGGGCUGUAUAUUGUCACCAACCCUUUUUAGCCUGUAUACAGAGGAGGUAGCAGCCAGGAUGAGAAGAAUGAAUGUAGGGGUAAGUGUGGGGGAAUGAUAAAGUAUGUGUACUCCUUUAUGCAGAUGACGUAGUUGUUAUGAGUGAAUGGCAGAUGAGCUUCAAAGUUUGUUGGAUGUAGUGGAUGGCUAUGGUAAAGACUUUGGAGUAAGGUUUAGCAGUGAGAAAAGCAAAGUAAUGAUUGUGAAUGGGUCAGAGGAUGAAAGUAAUGUGGUAUGGAGACUUGGAGAGAAUGAGUUGAGACAGGUGCAAGAAUACAAGUACUCAGGGAUGUGGAUGAAUCCUAGUGGGUGUGCAAAGGCAAAGAAUGAAAAGAUAAAUAUGCUAAACCAGUGGGUAGGUCGACUGGGAAGCGCGGCAAGGAUGAGAGCAAGUAAGUAUGAUGUGUUGAGAGAAGUGUGGAAGAGUGUGGCUGUCCCAUGUAUAAUGUAUGGUAUGGAUGUGAUUGCAUGGAAGGAAAAUGAAAUUGAAAAGUUAGAAGUGGGCCAGAAUAGAGUAGCAAAGAUUGGCACUGAGUCCACCGAGGGGCACAGCAGUUGAAGCCUUGAGAGGUGACAUCGGAUGGCGCACCUUUAGGGAAAGACUCACAAAAGCCACACAAGAUUAGGCUUGAGAGAAUGGAUGAUGCAAGAAUAGCAAGGAAGGUGUACCUGUGGAAUGAAAGUGGAAGCAAAUGGAGGAAGAGAUGCAUGAGAAUGACAGACAGGAGUGGAUUGCAAGUUGUGUGGGCGAUAAGAAUGGCUGGUAGGAAUGAAAAUGAGCGUGAAUGGGUGGUAACAAGAGGAGGCAGAGUGGGAGCCGAAUGGGAUGUGAGAAAAUGGAAGAAUGAGAUAGACAAUGAAGUGGAAUGUGUGGGACUGAAUGAAUGGAAGAAUGAGAUGGAAAGAAAGAAGACCCUGGAAUGGUACAAGGAGAAAGAGGCCCCGAGGUAUGAAAGGUGGUAUGAUGGAAGCCUGGGCGGUGAUCUUCUCUUCCUAGCGAGGGCACAGUGUAUGGAUGUGAAUGCAAGGAGUUACAGGUGGUCUGAGUCCCUGUGCCAGAUGUGUGACAUGGGAGAGGAUGAGACGGUGGAACAUGUGGUGCUGGAGUGUGUGCAGUAUGCCAGAGACAGGAAUGAGAUGAUGCAAGUGAUACUGACUGAGUUAGGGCAUCAUAGGAAUGAAAGAGUGGAGAACACAGGAAAGGAGUGGAUGGUGUUGUUACUGGGACUGUGUAGAGAGGCCAAUGAAAGGAGUUGUCGAUCCAAAGGCCUGACUAAGGAGUGAUCCUGUGCCACCUGUACCAUCAAGAUCAAGAUCAAGACAACAGUUCCCACGUGUUUACUUCUACCAUUGCCUAGAAGUCUUGUUCUUUUCGCAAAUUUCCUAAGUAAUUCCCCACCCCGGAGGCCGCCCCCAGUACCCCAGUUCCCUGCAUCCAUGGUUGACCCGUGUGGCUCCUCUCUGGUGGUGAAAGCCAGUGACGGCAAGAUGGUGAUGGUGACCCUGCCCAACCCCCUCCAGGAAAACUUGGAGGGGGUGACUGAGGGAGGGGCGGGGUGUGGGUCAGGGGCAGAAGGUGACGUGCCAGAGUGACGUCACGUUCCCCCAAAUGCAGGCCGGCAAGUUUGCUGACGUCACCAGUCGUCAGUGCACGGCGGGUGCUGCAAGGGGAACUGCAGGAGGUGGACCUGUUCAGCACCUCAUCCCUCCCUGCCCUCUCCCCUGACAGGAGCAUGCCAGACCCAGGGGUGCCCAAGGAAACGACAAGGGUUACUACCUCUAUGCAGACAAAACCUAACCAACCAGCUUAACCUGAGUCGCCCCUGGAACCGCCCCACCACAGAGGAGGAGGAGGAGGAGGAGGAGGAGGAGGAGGAGGAGACAGUCAUGGAUGAAGGGACGUCACAGAUCAUGCACAUUUGCUUCCAUAUUGGGGACUUCCACGUGGAUAGAGGAUCAACCUGCCAACCAAGUUGCGGUGGAAACUGGCGUACAGCUGUGCCUGAGCCUGCCGUGGACGCAUUCCCAGCCGACUUCUACCAGAACAGCUCGGACACGGCUGGCCAGGACAACCACCGCAACACAGACAUGCACGCACCUGAUAUGGACAUGAAAAUGGAGGGACAGGAGUCCCACAUGAUGGUGUCCGACAGUGAUGCCUCAGUGCAGGAGGGGGAACGGCAGGCAGAGACCCGCAAGUGCCCCUGGGAGAAGCCUGGAGAGUGGCCUGAGGCAGUGAGUGCUUGAGUGGAGCCUUCACACCACACCAGGUUGUGAUGGUGGCGGCAUCUGGGGCAGCAAGAAAGUGGCAGCCAUUUCAUUGUGUUUUUAUAAUCAGUAAAGAAUUGAGAGUAUAGAUAGUGAGAUUAGAAGGAGAAACACAGUGAGAUUAGAAGGAGAAACACUCGUGAAUUUGUCAGAAUAUGACCAUGAACAUAGUGAAGUAUAGCUGAUGAUAAUAUACACAUGAACUGUCCUUGCCUUGCCAUAUCAAGCUUCUUUUGUAUUUUAUUUCUUUCAGUUAACCGAGCCAAUGAAAGCAGAAUCAAACUUUCCAUUCCAGUCAACUGAACCUGUGAAAGUUCCCAAUCCGGCCAAGCAGGUCCCAGAAGGUGCGGCGUCCAUGCACCCCGUGAUGGUGCUGCACCAGAUGAAGCCUGGCCUGCUGUACAACACUAACCAGACCACCAGGGAUAACAAGUCUUUCUUCACCGUCACCGCCGACAUCGAUGGCAAGGAGUUCUCAGGCAAGGGGACAAAUGUGAAGAAAGCCAAGUUCUUCCUGGCCAACACAGCAAUACUGGGACUGUACGGGGUAGAAUCCACCUUUGAGAUCUCCGCUUAAUGGAAGUACUAGCUGCCUGGGUACUGGCGGCGGUGUGCGGGGCAGGCGGUCCCUCGCACACGUGGCUGUAGAGUCUGCUACGUGAUAAUGACAAAGUAGAUAGGUAGCUACAUAGUAUUUUAACCUGAAGUCCUGUCUGUGAGUGUUGUCUUGUAUGUUGCUGCUUGCUGAAGGCAGGGAAUGUAGUGAACUGGAGGGGCAGGGCCUGAGUGGCUUACAAAACUCCUGUGGAAGGGAAGUGAUGGUCUGUGCUAAAUGUUGCAGUCUGACGAGUGACGUGGAAUUCAAUUUUUCCACGUGUAAAUUCUUCCAGUCCAGUGUUUACCUUUAUUUUGUUCCAGCUCUGUUACUUAGUGCCAGAGUUAGAAGACUGACAUUUAACGGAAUUCUUAUUUAUGAUUUUGACGUACUUUCUUUUCCUAUUUAUUUACUUAGCCCGUGAAGUGUGGGUGCUCCUUGUAAAUGGUCGGUGCUGAGCCUGCCAUGAAUGCAAAUGAAAUGCAGCUGAUUGUGAAAGACAGGCACAGGAGAAGGGGUCAGUCACUCAUUCCUGCUUGUGUCAGAUCACUCAUCUAGUGUUCUGCUGUGGAGUGGAGUGGGUGAUGAGAGGGCUGUGGUGAUGGGACAGUGACAGACAAGCCCUACUUACUGAAAACAAAAGUGUGCGAACUCAUCACAUCAACACUUAUUUAGCUUCCUGACAAAAAUGGCAUCCAGUUUCAGAUGUUUAAGGUAUUUAACUCAUCUAUUUAUUUAAAGGUACCCACUCUUUAUGGGUUAAAUGAAAGCUGUACUCUAGUUUAGCAGUCAGUCUCACCACUUGGUUUAAUGUGAGCAGGUAAGGAAGCCCUAGAACCUGGCCGUUGGUUAGGUUCUGGUGACUUCUGGCUGGAAUCUCAGUACCUUAAUUUCUCUUCUGGUUGAAACUUUCUCCUCAAACACAACUGGCUGGAGCUGAGUCCUGGGAUGGUCAGCUGUUUAAAUAUUACUACACAAAAUGUUAUGAGUUUGAAUACAUAAUGAAAAUUUCUUUAAUGUGUAUGUAUGUAAAGGUUAUAAAAGCAAGUAUUUUUUUCUUUUUCAAUUUUUGUAUAUAAUUGAGGUUAAGAUGAAUUUGAAACAUUGAUUGCAAUUUAUCAAGCUGGUGUUGGUUUUGGUUUUGAAGGAAGUGUAAGUGCAAGAGGUAUGAAUUUGAAACAUUGAUUGCAAUUUAUCAAGCUGGUGUUGGUUUUGGUUUUGAAGGAACUGUAAUUGUGCAAGAGGUAAUCAUUUGAUGAGAGUGGAAUUAAUGAAGCAGUUUACCACACCAGUAUUGUCAUUCCUGCUCCCUGUGUGUCCACCUUACCUCUCACACCCUGACGUUUGCCUCAACGCCUUCAUUUAUCACCAAUGCAGUUAGGUAAAUUAUCACUUAUUACUAUUUUCUCAUAUGAAUUCAGAAACACUGUCAGCUUAUCAAAUAGUGUAUCUGUUAAUAUAACCUUUUGUAGGCAACUUGUCCUGUAACCACCUAUGACAUUUUAGGCUCUCAUUUUUGUACCAGCCUCUUCAACAGUUCUAUAGCUUAUGGAAAACUAAAUUAACUUCCUAUUCUCUCAUUUCCUCUGUCCAUACCAGCAGUUCUCAUAGUACUCUCAAUGUUGAAGGAUGAUAGCAGUCCAAGGGCAGAGCUAGUGAGUUCCAGACCCAGCAGAACAUGACUGGUUCCAGAGCAUUCCUAAAAAAAAAGAAAAAAAAAAAAACUAAGCUAUGGGUGUACACACAUACCCAGGGGCCCUGAGAAUACUCUAGAGAGUGUACUUAAGUGUAUAUGGGUGUACACACAUACCCAGGGGCCCUGAGAAUACUAUAGUGUACGUAAGUGUAUGUCAUGUUUUAAAAAAUUUGUCACCUGUUUUGUAAGGACAGCAUAAGUGAAGUAUUGUUUGCAUGUACAUCUUGUUUAUCUAGAGCAGAAGGAUUAAAGUUGAGUGCAGUAUUUCAAUGGGCACAGUUGUGAUGCAUUGUGCCAAGGGUGGUGUACUAGCUAGGAUGCACAGGAGGGCGGUGAGAAGAUGCCUGAUGCUGCAAGUGUUGGGAGGACCUGAUGGAAUGGAUAGCUUGGCUCUUAGUGAUGUACCUUCAUUAUGUUGUGCUGUUGAGGUCAGAAGUCACGUCACGAGCUGCAUUUUCCUCUACCCAGCUGUGCGUUUCAAGUCCCAAGAACCUGCUGAGAAUCUGACAAAACCCGAGUGAUUUUCAGCAGAUCAGGGGAAGGAAGAACCGAAUACAGAGAGUAAAUGAAGAGCACUGACUCGAUUUCUGACCAUGACUGUAUGUACUCUCCCAUAGCAUUACAUUGUAUACUGAAAUGGGUUUGCCUGGUUGAACAUGUAGCACCGUACCACAACCAUUACACUCUGCCAUGACUGAGUCUGUCCAUGCUAGUCCUCAAAGUAUUGUGUUUUUAAGCUAAUUUGCACUAUUGUUAUGGAAAGUCCUAACCUCUCAGGCAUAGUGUGUAGUUUGGGGACACUUGGUUCAUUCUACAUGGCAUGCUACUGAAAAACUGAAGUAAACAUGGAAAUUUUAAA